AUGGACGGUUGCUGGAUCCCCCAGGACGAGGUAAAAAGUUCAAUGUGGCGAAUGGGAUUUGACGUACCACCGAAUUACAAUGAUAAUUCAAACUAUUGUGGUGGAAUGCAAAAUCAAUGGAAAAGACAAAAUGGGAAAUGUGGUGUGUGCGGUGAUCCAUGGCAAGGUCCAAAAGAACAUGAGAAAGGCGGAAAAUAUGCGACCGGCAUUAUAGGUCGUACCUAUGAAACAGGUUCUGUUAUAAAUACAACAUUGGAUAUAACAGCAAAUCAUUUGGGAUUUUUUGAAUUUCGUCUUUGUCCAUUACUUAAUCGUCGUUCACGUUUAACACACGAGUGUCUUGAUCAAUAUCUACUGAAUAUUGGAGACGAUUUAUCAUCGACAACUUACUAUUUACCACAUGGAAAUAAAUCAUAUUUUUAUGUUCCUGUUCAAUUACCAGAAAAUUUGACAUGCAAACAUUGCGUGCUUCAAUGGAAAUAUCAUGCUGGGAAUACGUGGGGUAAGGAUAAAUUUGGACGAAAAUGUUUAGGAUGUGCAGAUCAACAAGAAGAAUUCUACAAGUAA